CCUUCUCGGCCACCAUCUCCAACGUCCGGAGCUGGAAACAUCCCACACGGAGCAGCAGGCCGCCGGUCACCGAGCAGCUCCAGAUAAAUGGGCCAGAAGAACCGACGCUCAGUCCCCGUCUCGGCCGCCUCGGAUCGUCCUCCUCCCCGAUGAUGGUUCGCGUGCUGCUGCCGCUGCUGCUCUGCGCCGUGAGCGCGCGGGCCGACUUCUUCCAGUUCGACAGCAUCUGUAACGUCUCCACGUACUAUUUUAAUUACAUUUAUUGCAACAUAUGGGAGGGGGAGUGUCAGCCCAACCAGGACGAUGCCACACAGCAGGUUCCGACCAGGGAUCUGUGGGCAGGUUUUCCUCAGGACUACAUCAGCCUCCUGCAUCAGUGGUACUGUAGCCUGGGUCAGUGCUGCGAGUCCGGAGACUGCAGGAUCACCAACAACAUCACAGGUUUGGCCAGAGACCUCCAGACGAAGCUCCACGGGCAGCACCUGGCCCAGUCUGUGGUCCUGAAAGCCAUCCAGGGUUUCAUCAACAACCCCGAGUCCAACAAGCCUCUGACGCUCUCCUUCCACGGCUGGUCCGGCACCGGCAAGAAUUUCGUGGCCCGUAUCAUCGCCGAUAACCUGUACAGGGACGGGGUGAAGAGCGAGUGCGUCCGGCUGUUCAUCGCCCCGUUCCACUUCCCCCACGGCCGGCUGGUCGACACCUACAAGGGUCAGCUGAGAGAGGCGAUCCGAGACAUGGUGCUCCGCUGCCCGCAGACUCUGUUCAUCUUUGACGAGGCCGAGAAGCUGCACCCAGGCCUCAUCGACGCCAUCAAGCCCUACAUGGAUCACUACGACAACGUGGACGGAGUCAGCUACCGCAGAGCCGUCUUCCUCUUCCUCAGUAACAUUGGCGGUGCAACGAUCAACGAUGUGGCUCUGGACUUCUGGCACUCGGGUCAGAACCGGGAGGACAUCGGCAUGGAGGACCUGGAGCACCGGCUGCGAGCAGAAACUAUGGAGUCUCAAGGCGGCUUUGCCCAGAGCGAGCUGAUGUCCGGUCACCUGAUCGACUUCUUCGUGCCCUUCCUGCCUCUGGAGUACCGCCACGUCAAGCUGUGCGCCCGGGACGCCUACGCAGCGCGAGGCCUGGAGACGGACGAAGCCACGCUGGACGAGGUGGCCAAGGCGAUGCUGUACGUCCCCAAAGAGGAGCGACUCUUCUCAGCCCAAGGAUGCAAAUCCAUCCCGCAGAGGAUCAACUUCUUUCUCCCCUAGAAGGAGACACCGACGGAAGGAGAGGGAGAGAGACCUGGAGGAGGUGUGAGAUGCCCGACCAGCCCAUCUGCAUGCAGAGCCUCGGAGGAGAUGUGCUCUGCUCUGCCUGCUUCCACCCACAACAGCGUGACGUGUCCGUCCAGGUCCCUCAGAGGAGGCCAGGCAGCAGGGCAGGUCCAGCGUCGGAGGGCAGAGCAGCAUCCUGUGGAGAUCAGCAGCGGGCGUCCGUCAUGUGGAGCGUGGCUGCUCGCCUUCGCCUGCCUGGUUCGACUCCUCACAGCGUCACAGCGAAGAAGACGGUGGUUUUGCAAUCGGACGUCAGCGAACGCGUAUUUUGUCACAUGUCUGAGUCGCACUGUUAAGUUCAGAGACGCUCAUAAUUCACGCAUGUCAGUCAUUGUGCUUAAAUUAUUUAUUGAUGUCACCGGUGCCAUAUUUGAACAUUUUUACUGUGCUGGAUUAUUUUAGUGUUUGUUGGUUCUUUAAGUCAUUAACUGAUUAGAAUAUUAAAGUGUUGUGAGCAGUCAGGAGAACUGUGAUGGAAAUGUUACUAGAACGAAAUUCAUCCAUUCGAUAGUCGGCUGUGUUUGUGUCACUGUGAUAUAUUUUUAAGUCUGUAGUUUUAAUGAAUUUUGUAUAAACCUGCGUCGUCAUUCCUUAAAGUGCGGGCGGCUUGUAGUUUAUUCACUGAUGUGCUUUAUUUCUCACCCACACAUUCACUGUCACACACACACGUCUGCUUUAGUGAUUCAGUUCUGUGAAAGCUGAGGGUCACAUCACAAUAAGAACACGGAAAGAAAGUCUGUCAGACGUGGAGUAAAGGAAUAAACACUCAGUAAACCAAA